GUGGUCGUUAAAGUUGUUUUUGUUGUCGUAUUGAAGAAACCACCGUCUUGUGCUCAUAGGUUGUUAUGUUAAAUGCUUUUACAAGGAUAACCGCAUAGUAUGGUUCGAAUAAGUAAAAGCGGUUAUAAUACCUUCUAAUACAUGCCCAUUACAAGAAGCUAUUUGUACAACAACCACAAUGCCAUAUCAUCGAUCAAUAACUUCUUCGGAUUCAGAGGAUGAACAUUUUAGUGAAACUGUUGAUAAGGAAAUGAGUCCGUCAGUAUCGAAAAUAAAACCAAAUUCAAAACGUAGCGCAACAAGUGGGAAAAAACAAUCCAGAAACAAAAAGCCAAUGAAGAUUCACAAAUCAUACCGUGAAAAUGUUGCUGAACUUUUGCAAACCGAAGAAAUUGAUAACGACAAUAAGAAUUCUUUGACUUUUAGACAAGGAGAUGGCGUGGUUACAAUAAAAUGUCCUGUUGAUGACAAGCCGAGCCAUCUAUAUGUGAUCUCACAUUAUAAAAUGUCUAACAUAGAAAAUGAUGGAAAUUCAGUGAAGCUACCAUUAGAUUACAUACAAAUGACAACCAUCCGCUUAAUACCAGUCUUAAUCAAACAAUACAGUCAAUAUUCGAUACUAUGCUAAGAGAUCCCAAGCGUGAAACUCGCAAAAGCAAGACACCAAUUUGAUUAUUAUAAGCAAAAAAUAAAUUUA